GGCGGCGGCGGCGUCAGAGCCCGGCGGGGAGCGGGUCCCAGGCCGCCGCCGGACCGGAGGCUAAGGGGGCGUCUGGGAGCUCCCUCGCCGGGCCCUCGGCGGCCGGAUGGCGUAGGAAGGACGGGCUGUGAGUGUUGACAUUGAGUGCUUCAGAUCUGGUCACUAUGGUACGAGAGCGAAAAUGCAUAUUGUGCCACAUCGUGUACGGCUCAAAAAAGGAGAUGGAUGAACACAUGCGAAGCAUGUUGCAUCACAGGGAGCUUGAGAACCUGAAGGGCAGGGACAUUAGUCAUGAGUGCCGAGUGUGCCGGGUCACAGAAGUGGGCCUCUCUGCAUAUGCAAAGCACAUUUCUGGCCAGUCGCACAAAGAUAAUGUUGAUGCCCAGGAAAGAGAAGACGAUGGAAAGGAAGAGGAAGAGGAAGAUUAUUUUGACAAGGAACUUGUUCAGUUAAUACAGGAAAGAAAAGAACAAAGCCGACAAGAUAAACCUUCCGGUAACAGCCAAGAAGGAAACUCUGAUGAUAGGCAACCCCAGUGGAGACGAGAAGACCGAAUUCCUUACCAAGACAGAGAGAGCUAUAAUCAACCAGCAAGGCAUCAUCGUGGCCCUCCACAGAGGGACUGGAAAUGGGAAAAGGAUGGCUUUAACAAUACUAGAAAAAACAGUUUUCCACAUUCUUUGAGGAACAGUGGUGGACCAAGAGGAAGUUCUGGCUGGCAUAAAGGUGCUACAAGAGGCUCUUCAACAUGGUUCCAUAGUCAUAGUAAUUCUGGGGGAGGCUGGCAUUCAAACAAUGGGAUGGUAGAUUGGAAUUAUAAUGGAACAGGAAGGAAUCCCGGUUGGCAUCCUGAAGGAACAGGUGGCUUUCCCAACUGGCACAUGAACAACAGUAACGGAAACUGGAAAUCCAAUGUACGUGGUACAAAUAGCUGGAAUUACAAGGGCCCUGGAGACAAAUUCCAACAAGGCAGAAACAGAAAUUCUAACUAUCAAAUGGAAGACGUAACCAAGAUGUGGAGCAAGAAAUCUAAUAAGCCAAGCAAGUACAGUCAGGAGAGGUGCAAGUGGCCUCGGCAGGACAGGGACAAGGCUGGCAAGUACAGGAGUCCUCAAGAGGGAUACGCAAGUGAUACAUUUCCUUCAGAAGGCUUACUCGAGUUCAAUUUUGAGCAGCGAGAAAGUCAAACCACUAAGCAGACAGACACCGCAGUCUCAAAAAUUAAUGGGAAAAAUGGCACCAAAGCAAGGGAAAAGUUCCGCCGCUGGACACCUUACCCUUCCCAGAGGACUCUAGAUUUACAAUCAGCCCUGAAAGAAGUCAUUGGCAACAAAUCAGAAACCAUAGAUAAGCCUCUCUUUAAUUUUAGCUUAAUAACUGCAGGACUGAAAGAACCAGUUGAUAAAACAAGUAAUCCCCCAGUGUUAAAAACACAAAAGGAAGUAGAUCUUGGAUCUCCCAAUCACAAAGCCGUUUCUGAUGGUGCUGCUUUAUGUGAGGUGGCAAGAGCUUGCCCCAUUACUGAGCAGUCUGAACCACAUCAGAAGUCAAAUAAGAUCCCAUUACUGAAAUCCCCACUUCUUCCACUUCCAACCCCUAAAUCGGGUCCUCAUAAGCAUAAUUUAAAGAACCGCUCAAAAACUAAUGAGACAAAAUUCUUUCCUUCUGGAGAUCACUCACAUCUCCUGAACAAGUCUACUUUAGAAGGUAGCCAUGGUUCUUCCUACGCACCCAAAUCUCAUGGUUUAUGCCCUCGUGUUUUAAAGGGGAAUAAAACUGCAUCAGGCACUCAAAAAGAACCUGAUGAGAAGUUAAAUAGUACAUCACAGAAAGCCCAAGAGGUGCUGCAGUGUCCCAAAACACUGCAACAUCCACUCCUUGGCACACCCAAAAGGGUGGAGAACCAUGCAAAAGAGAGUAGUGUAGAAGAGUCUACGAGAGACUCUGUGGACAUUGAGUUUCAGGCACACUCAGCUGAAAACAGUGGCGCGAUAUCUGAGCCAGAAAGCCAUGGCAUAGAAGGUAAAGAUGUGGCCUCGCUGACUACAGAGGUCGCGUCCUGCAGCGCUCACACUGGGGAUAAGGAGCAAGGGAGCCAGAUCCUAGGAACACCUGAGAACCUUUCUGCCUCCCCACAUAAUUCCACAGUUCACCAGAAAGAGGCUGAGUUACAAGUGACAGCAGCUACCAGUCCACACUCUGGCUUACUGCUAGACUUGAAGACCUCUCUAGAAGAUGCACAGGAUCACAACCUUGUUAAAUCUGAUGGACUUUUUGAAACAGAAAGCUUUGAGGGCACUAGCUUGGAUGCAGAGCUUCAAAAAACUGAUAUCAAUAAUCAGCCCCCAGGUACACUCCUUCCUGAACUAAGUAAACUUGGUUUUCCUGCCUCGCUCCAGAGAGAUCUAAGCCGGCACAUUAGUUUGAAGACCAAAACAGGAACACAUCUCCCAGAGCCAAACCUCAAUAGUGCUCGACGAAUUCGCAAUAUUAGUGGCCAUAGAAAGAAUGAAACAGAGAAGGAGUCUGGGCUUAAGCCAACCCUACGACAGAUUCUAAAUGCAUCAAGGAGAAAUGUCAACUGGGAACAGGUCAUUCAACAAGUAACCAAGAAAAAGCAAGAGCUGGGCAAAGGCCUACCCAGGUUUGGCAUCGAAAUGGUACCUUUGGUUCACAAUGAACAGGAAGUCUUGGAUUUAGAGGAAGAACCAGACCUGUCCAGUCUGGAGGGGUUCCAGUGGGAAGGUGUUUCCAUUUCCUCAUCCUCUGGCUUGGCAAGAAAGCGAAGUCUUUCUGAAAGCAGUGUGGUCUUGGACAGGGCCCCUGUAUAUGGCUUCUUUACUGGGGAAGGUGCUGGCAAAGAAAAGGAAGCCCAGCAGAGUCCUUCACCUAGUACUGCAUCUCAGAAGGCAGCCAUGUAUCUUGAACAGGAAGUGGCACCUCUGACUCCCUCUGUCAGAACAGGUGAAAGGGUUGGCACCGGUCCUACCCAGCGGCGACAUAGUGCACAGUUACCAUCUGAUCACAUAAUGCCUUUCAUGCAUUCAGCCAGAGACCUGCACAGCCAGGAGAGGACUACCCCACUAUCAGAGCACCACACCCAGGAGAGCACUGGAGAAGGAAACCCACUUUCAACUGCAUCAUCUUCAGGUCAUGCAGUCUCCAGCUUAGCUGAUGCAGCCACUGACAGCAGUUGUACCUCUGGUACUGAGCAAAACGAUGGCCACAGUAUUAGAAAGAAGCGAAGAGCCACUGGGGAUGGAUCUUCCCCUGAACUACCAAGUCUUGAGAGAAAAAAUAAAAGAAGGAAAAUUAAAGGAAAGAAAGAGCGUUCUCAGGUUGACCAGCUAUUGACUAUCUCCUUAAGAGAGGAGGAGCUGAGCAAGUCUCUGCAGUGCAUGGACAAUAAGCUCCUGCAGGCGCGGGCAGCACUGCAGACAGCCUACGUGGAAGUGCAGAGGCUGCUCAUGCUCAAGCAGCAGAUAACUGUGGAGAUGAGCGCGCUGAGGACCCACAGGAUACAGAUUUUACAAGGAUUACAAGAAACAUAUGAACCUUCUGAGCACCCAGACCAGACUCCCUGUAGCCUCAUAGCACGAGAACACAGGGACAGCCGAUCUCAGCCAUCUGUUGAGACAGCUCUGCUGCCUGUGCCCUUUUUCCCGGGGUUUCUGGAUCCACCUCCUUCCCAUGCAUCUCUACCAUCCUCUGGAACCCCUCUCCAAAUAACCACUUGUACUUUCCAAGCCCAUGGUACUGCCCCUGAUUCAUCAAUUCAGAUUAAACAAGAGCCCAUGUCUCCUGAACAAGAGGGGAGUAUGAACACUGUGCCACAAGGCUCUGCUUCCAGUGUGUCCAAGGAGUUACUGCAAACUAAUAGAGUGGCCGGUGAUGGCUGUCCAGUUUACCCAGCUAUCCCUGCAGUGAUAACAUCAGAGUCAACAGAAAAUUGCCAGGAGCUUAACCAAGAUCUGAAUUUUUCUGUGGAGCAAGGAGAUUCCAGAAGCAGAGAAAACUCUCCUCCUUGCCAGUCUCCUGAUCCUCCUGGUGUGAACAAAGGUGAAGGAUCAGCCAAAGGCAGCAGUGGAUCCGAAGCCUGUAGCAGUUCUUCUCUGAGACUGUCUUUCACUCCCGAAACUCCUGCAGAGAAGGAAACGCAGUCCCCAGCUGACCAGCCUGAGCAACAGGCAGAAUCCACACUGACAUCUGCUGAAACUAGAGGUAGCAAGAAGAAGAAGAAACUUCGAAAGAAGAAGACACUUCGAGCCACCCAUGUUCCCGAGAACAGCGACACGGAACAGGAUGUGUUCACCACUAAGCCUGCAAGAAAGGUCAAAACUGGAAAGGCAGCUAAAGGCGGUAAAGUGACAACCUCCACCUGGGGAGACAGCCAAACCUGUCGGGAGCAAGAAACUGCCAGAGAUGAGCCAGACAGCGAGUCCUCCCUAGAAGUGCUGGAAGUCCCAAAUCCUCAGUUAGAAGUAGUUGCCAUUGAGUCUUCUGAAUCAGGAGAAGAGAAACCAGACAGCCCAUCGAAAAAAGAUACCUGGACCGCUGCAGAGCAGAACUCAAUAGAACCUUCUCGUUCUGGUUGUGAUGAGGUUAGCUCUACCAGUGAGCUUGGCACCCGCUACAGGGAUGGCGUUCCUGUGAGUGUGGCAGAAACUCAGACGGUGAUCUCCUCCAUCAAAGCAUCCAAGAACUCUUCAGAAAUAUCUUCAGAGCCAGGAGAUGAUGAUGAGCCUACAGAAGGAAGCUUCGAAGGACACCAGGCCGCAGUGAAUGCAAUUCAGAUAUUUGGGAACUCACUGUACACUUGCUCAGCAGACACAACUGUCCGAGUUUACAACCUGGUGAGUCGGAAGUGUGUUGGUGUCUUUGAGGGACACAUUUCCAAAGUGAACUGCCUUCUUGUCACUCACACCUCUGGGAAGAAUUCUGUCCUCUACACAGGUUCCAGCGACCACACCAUCCGCUGCUACAAUGUUAAGACCCGAGAAUGUAUGGAACAGUUACAGCUGGAAGACCGGGUUCUCUGCCUUCAUAAUAGAUGGCGGACCCUCUAUGCUGGUCUAGCAAAUGGCACUGUGGUCACGUUCAACAUAAAGAACAACAAGCGACAGGAAAUCUUUGAAUGCCAUGGCCCUCGGGCAGUCAGCUGCCUCGCCACAGCUCAGGAAGGUGCUCGAAAACUGCUGGUUGUAGGAUCUUACGACUGCACCAUUAGUGUUCGCGAUGCCCGAAACGGAUUGCUGCUCAGAACCCUGGAGGGCCACAGCAAGACUGUUCUCUGCAUGAAGGUGGUGAACGACCUCGUGUUCAGUGGCUCCAGUGACCAGUCGGUGCAUGCUCACAACAUUCAUACUGGUGAGCUCGUGCGCAUCUAUAAAGGCCACAACCACGCAGUGACUGUGGUGAAUAUUCUGGGGAAAGUGAUGGUGACGGCUUGCCUGGACAAGUUUGUUCGUGUCUAUGAGUUACAGUCCCAUGAUCGACUGCAAGUUUAUGGAGGGCACAAAGACAUGAUUAUGUGUAUGACCAUCCAUAAAAGUGUGAUUUACACUGGCUGUUAUGAUGGCAGCAUCCAGGCUGUGAGGCUGAAUCUGAUGCAGAAUUACCGCUGUUGGUGGCAUGGCUGCACUCUGAUAUUUGGCGUUGUGGAUCACUUGAAACAACACUUGCUGACUGACCACACCAAUCCCAACUUCCAGACGCUGAAGUGUCGCUGGAGGAACUGUGAUGCUUUUUUCACAGCCAGGAAAGGAUCCAAGCAGGAUGUUGCAGGUCAUAUUGAAUGCCACGCUGAAGAUGACAGCAAAAUAGAUUCAUGAAGUUUUUGCCUCCCAUGUUGGGAAGUCAUUAGUGAACGAUUCUCCCAUGGGCCAUUCAUUGUCCUUCUCCAGGCCCCUAUCUGUCCUUCAGCAAAGCUGGGAGGGAGAAAGUGGUUCACAGCCAGACCCACCACUAGCAAAGUGAGCAGUCUAAGGAAAGGUUACACACAGCUCAGGUCCGCCGGGCGCGUAAGUGACGCUUGAGCGGUUUCUAAGGAACCUACUCUUCUGGAACAAAUGACAUGCAGUGUUUUAUGCUACUAGACUAUAGGUGUUUAUUAAAGAUGCAGAUUUUAGUUACCCAGUUUAACCCUAAUCAUACAUAUAUUUUAUUGAUUUGGUUUGUGAUUUCUGCUUUAUGUUCUUAUGAUGGCUUAUGAUAGAUUUUUCCAGAUCAGUUUUAACUCCUCCUUUUGAAAUAACUGGGUAUUUAAAUUUAAAGAAAAUUGUUUUCUUUUUAAAGUAAUUAUGUGCAGUGUCUCACUAUUGAUGUAGCUGGACAAAGUGGCUGUGAGUGCAGCAGGAAACACGGUAGUGUCCUAAAACUCCUGGCUGCCCUCCCUGCUGUAUGUCAGAAUUCAGACGUGGUCCAUGAUCGGAAUUCCCUGAAGACAGAACUUCCAGUGAUCACUCCACAGUGCUCAGUGUGGGCUCCCUGCGCCCUUGCACUCACUGGCUGUGUGAACUGAAAGCGUAUACUUCUAUCGCCUUUCUAGCUCUGGCUCUUGGAGUCUCACGAAGCUUGGACACCUUUUGGGUUGCUCCGUUGCCAGCCCCAAAACUUUCUUGCUGUCUUGUGCCUAGAGCGAUGGCAUGCCAGGCUUUCAGUGGCACAGCACCCUAUGUAGGGGAACUGGGAGAAGCAUCUGGAGUCAGCUGAUUGGUCGUCAGGCAGGCCUCCUCUAGAGGUAGAGCUAGGGAAGCCAGUGCCUGUCUUCAUUUUCAUGCCAACUGUGGAGGGGAGUGUGGUGAGGGAGCACCCAUCUUUAGUGGGUCUUAGUGGGAUUGCUUUGCUCUUGGAUUUCUUAAGACUUGUAAAACUGAACAAGUUUUAUUCUCUAACAUUUUGUUUCUGGAUUUUAAAACCUCAGAUUCUUCGGAGGGAGUGGACCCUCAUGCCACACACCGUAGCCUCAGGGUGCAACGCUUUCUGGUACUGGGAUUGUAGCCUCUGUUUUUCUGGCCUGAUCAAACCUCCCUCUAGGCUCUAGGGCAGGGCGACUCUACCAGGAAUUGAUUGAUAGGCUGCAGGCGGAUCUUUUUUCCCCUAGGAAAGGUUCUAGUAAUUUUUUCUGGAUCCAGAAAAUAUUAACUAAUCUAGGAGCUGAUACUAGCUCAUGAGUUGCCACAAACUGUUCACGUGUGGCCUUUAGUGUGGGAAAAUUUGAGAUUAGGAACCCUUUCCCACCUCUCACUCCACUCCCUGUAAGGAGUGUGUGCAGAGGAGCCACACUUUGUGGGUCUGAGAGUGAUUUCCUAGGAAAGUUCAUUUGCGUUUAUUGCUAACCCUGCAUCAUUCCCUGGGGUGGUGUGCUAAGGAAGCUCACCUUGCCGUUCUCCAAAGGGAAUAUGCAAAGGGAAGAGUGGUGGGACCUUAAGCAGCAAGGAUGAAGAACGUAUGGCAUUGACCAUGGCGAGGGACGUUUGAGGGCAUGCAGACUGAUAGAAUUAGUAUAAACUGAUCUGAGCUUCCCUUGGUAGCAUUGUGUACACGUGACUGCCUGCUUAGUUGUGUAUGCACCUGCACUCGGGUUUCCUUGUUUUGCAGGGGUUUCUUAGAACCAGUAUAAUGAAUUCAAGCACAGGCAGAAUUGUUUUUGACAAUGCGUUGCUGUUCCCCAGAUCUAGUGUGUUCUGAAAAUGGAGAACCUGCCUGUCUUGGCUCCUCAGCAGAAGCUGCCCACAGGAGGCAGGACAGUGCUUAGGUCAUUCAUGAUGUCUGGUGUCGUGAUCAGCCUCCAGGUCCCUCGGAAGGGACAGCUCUGUCUGUGCCGAUUUUUGUUUGAUUUUUUGUUGAAGGAAAGAAAGUAACUAAUAACCUGACAAAACCCAAGACAUUUCUUAUGAGUUACUUAAAGGUCAUUUUUAUAUAUUUCUUUAAUUCUUUAUGCCGAUUUCAACCACUUAAAGCAAAGAAAAACUUUAAAAUCUCUUGUGUGUAUUUUCAGUGACAGGUCUAAAGAUACCAGCCACUUUCAAUUAUUUUGAAAGUCUUUACCUAGGUUCAAAGCACAUUUUGGCACACUCUGCUAGACUGUAGACAGUGCAGAUUAAAAAAGGAGCAAAGCAUGUCCUUGCUGCAGAGAUGGCUCAGCGGGUAAGAGCAUAACUGCUCUCCUAAAGGUCCUGAGUUCGAUUCCCAGCAAUCACAUGGUGGCCCACAACCAUCUGAAAUGGGAUCUGAUGGCCUCUUCUGUUGUUUCUGAAACAGUGUACUCACAUACAAUAAAUAAAUAAAUCUUUUUUUAAAAAAAGUCUUUCUGACAUGAGCUUGAGAUGUUGUUAGCAUUACAUUCGUUGCUAUGGUGAAGAAAAUGGUUUUCCUGGGAGAGUUAGCAGUUGAAGGUUUGAGUUCAUGAACUACAUAGAAUCCAAGGCAACACUUAUGAUUGAAGUGAUUCUUGCCAACAAAGGUUUUGUUGUUGGGUUUUUUGGUUUUUUUUUUUUUUUUUUUUUUUUCCUGUUAGAUUAUCAUGGCACAACUUGAGGACAUGGGCAUGUGGCUGAGUUGCUGAGUGUAGGUGCACACUUAAAGAAUGAUAUGGGAGAUAAUUUUAUGGAAGAUAAUUCAUUGAGGAGGAUAUUGAAAUACAUUGUAAAGUGGGUUUAAACAGGAAGUAGGUUUGCUUAAAUUCGCAUAUGCUUACUUAGCAAAUUUGUUCCUGUUGCUUCAAGGAGAGUUCUAGAAUUAUUCUAAAGACUACUUGCCGUGCUUGUGGUGGUUUCAUCCAUGUCCUAUCAUUGAGAACCUUGGAUUUGAGGGAGUUGGCCUGAUAGGUAGGAAAGGAGGAAGCUGUGGUGGGUCUCGCUUGUCCCAUAUGCAAAUAGUAUGAAAUCUUGAGUAAACUAAAUCUACCACUUAUCUCCUCCAACCCCAAGGACAUGGCCCAGCCCAGCCCAGGAGUAGCCCAGUGGGGGCAGAGUGGAGAAGGAAAGGCUGUUGGGGGAAGUGGAUACCCAGAGCUACCCCUGAACCUUGGUUUUUCAAUGUUAAAUGUGGAUUAGAAGAAAUGUCAGAUGACAUUUGACUGCAAAGAUAUUUCUAAACAGCCUUCUUACAUUUUGGUAUAAAAGCUGUGAACUUCAUAACUUUGUAAGUGAGAUAUAAAGCAAAUACAAGAAGAAAAUAAAGUACUUUUACUAAGUGUU